AUGCAAAAGUUUCGCAGGGCCAUCAUCGCUGCUAUCUUCAUCCUUGCUUGCAUAUUUUUGCUUCGUGCGAGUCGAUCGAGUCGAUCCCCCACAGUUCCUGGCGCUCCCGGCUAUCGCCCCGUGCAAGAGAUUUUCGACGAAGAAAACGAGAAACUUUCACACCCAGAACUGAAGCCAAAACCAAAGAUUCGAGGUCAACAACCAUGGGGAACAUCGCCAACCGCGCCGCUGCGCGAGCGCCUCCGAUACCAAUUCCCAUACGACCUUCCGGUCAACUUCCCCGCAUUUAUCUGGCAAACAUGGAAAUACUCUCCUUCAUCAAUGCGGUUCUCAGACGAACUCCGCGAUUCUGAGUCAUCAUGGACUGAGCUGAAUCCGGGAUUCGUGCACGAGAUCAUCACAGAUGAGACGCAAAAGGACUUGAUUCAGUACCUGUACGGGUCGGUUCCUGACGUGUUUGAGGCCUACGAGGCAUUGCCCUUGCCUAUUCUGAAAGCUGACUUCUUCCGAUAUCUUAUACUUCUGGCACGCGGUGGAAUUUAUAGCGAUAUCGAUACUUUAGCUCUCAAGUCGGCUGGUCUCUGGCUUCCGGAUGAGCUCGACCGAUCAACUAUCGGGUUUAUUGUUGGCAUUGAAGCUGAUCCUGAUCGCCCAGACUGGCAUGAAUGGUACUCGCGUCGCGUUCAAUUCUGCCAGUGGACGAUCGUUUCGAAACCUGGCCACCCAAUCCUGCGUGAUAUGGUGGCAUACGUCACUCAAGAAACACUGCGGAUGAAGAGGGCUGGCAUCCUUGAAGUCGGCAAGAUGGACAAGACUAUCAUGGAAUUUACCGGGCCUGGGGCCUGGACAGACGCGAUCUUCCGCUAUUUCAACAACCCAGACUACUUUAAUAUCCAACCCGGUGACAAAAACAUCACGUAUGAGGAUUUUACUGGCCAGACUACACACCGAAAGGUCGGAGAUGCCGUUGUCUUGCCCAUCACUAGUUUCAGCCCUGGUGUUGGGCAAAUGGGAGCCGAAGAUACCGACCAUCACAUGGCCUUCGUAAAACACAACUUUGAUGGUAUGUUCUUCAUUCACUUUGGGUGUGUUUUCUCAAUUGAAAUCUGA